AUGGAAGAAGAAUCAUCGUCAUCAGAUGAGGAGUCUAGCAAUGAUUCAAACGUUUCUGGAUGUGAGACCAACAAUGGCCAAAUGUUUUCUUUGAAGUCGGUAAAUUUAGUCGCAGCGUGGUCUAACACCUCAGAGUUUUGCGCAAUAUGCCAUGAACCAUUAGAAACGAAAUGCAUUAAAUGCAUCGUAAACAACAUUAAUGGUGAUGAAAUCGUCGACUGUGACAUUGGUUGGAGCAGCAAUUGCGAUCAUGCAUACCAUGUACAUUGCAUAAAUCAGUGGAUAGGCAUUAAAAAUGUGUGCCCACUUGAUUCUUUGGAAUGGAAGGGAUACCAACAAAAAUAA